GCCCAAACUUAGUCCCUCCGCGGCCGGCUGUCCACACAAUGUCGCUCACGUCAGUCCUUGUUGCGGCCAUCUUGAGCGCUUCCGGUGCCUCGGCCAGUGCGAUACCUAGCCGGCAGUUCGCACGGCAGGAUGCUUCGAUCCCUCUUCUCACAUGGCAAUUACUUCCGACUGGCAGCACGCAGCAGUUUCGUGGUCUGGCGCCCGUCUCCGACCAGAUCGCCUGGGUAUCCGGCACCAAUGGCACGGUCCUGAAGACUGUCGACGGCGGCUCCAGCUGGACGUCCGUCGGCCCGUCGCUCUCUGAGGCCGAUGCCACGCUGCAGUUCCGCGACGUGCAGGCGUGGUCCGCCGAGAGGGCUGUCAUCUUGUCCAUCGGCGAAGGCAGCGACUCGCGCAUCUACAUCACCUCGGACGGCGGCGCAACCUGGACACAGACAUUCGUCAGCGAGGAGGAGAAGGCGUUCUACAACUGCGUCGACUUCGACACUGAGCAGCACGGUUUCGCGGUCAGCGACCCGGUCAAUGGCAAGUUCCGACUGAUUGAGACGUUCGACGGCGGGGCCAGCUGGGCCAUUGUCGACUCCAGCGGCAUGCCGCCGGCCCUGGAACUCGAGGCCGGCUUUUCCGCGAGCGGCACGUGCCUCGAGACCGCGGGAGGUCGGUGGUACGCCGCCGCGGGCGGCGUGGAUCCCGGCCGGGUGUUUGCCAGUCCCGACGGGCACGUCUGGAGCGUGGCGGACAGCACCAUCGACGGCGGCGAGGCGAGCGGCGUCUUCACCAUCCAGUUCAGGGACGCCCGGCACGGCAUCGCGCUGGGCGGCAACUUCUCCGCGCCCACGGGCAACGUCAACAACGCCGCGUGGUCCGACGACGGCGGCCUCUCCUGGACAGCGGCCGCCAAGUUCCCUGGGGGCUACCGCUCGGGCUCUACGUGGGUGCCGGGCCUCUGCAAGACUGCCAUCGCCGUCGGGCCGACGGGCUCAGACGUCUCUGUCGAUGGGGGACGGACCUGGCAUGGGUUCUACAAUGGCUCGUUUGACAGCGUCGAGUGUGUCAACGCUGGUGCUUGCUGGGCGUCGGGAUCCGGUGGCAGGGUCGCGCGUUUGAGCUUCGAGUAGGCUCUCACCUGAACUGGGGGUUUUGGGGUCGACCUCGUAUGGAUACACCGUGGAAGCCCUUUGAAGGCCUGGAUUUGGGGCAACCAACGAGUAAACACCGCCACAGCUGCUGGAGAAGCAUCCGUAGAAAAUCCAUGACACCGCGAAUUUUGCGCCGAAGUCAAGUAAAUGAGACAAACAUAAUGGGCCAGUUAACGGCGCUUAAUGAAUUGGAUGUUGCCUGGAACAUGUCCUGGAGCACCUGUUAGACGGUAGUCUAUUGACCAGAAAUGAGGAGGCUUGGAUUCACUUCUUGCGCACAUCCGUUCGCGAGCAGUUCUGGACUAAGAAGUUGGUCCAUCCAGUCGCGGAGAUAUAAAACCAGAGUACAAAUCAACUGUCUGAAGGAGGUACAGGAACGAAUGCAAUUGCAGAUUGGUAGCCGUGCCGUGCCGUGCCAGUAUAACACCCUGCCGCACAAAAUCUAAGUGGACCCUAGCUUUG